CCCCUGCCCACACCUUGCCCGCACCCCUGCUCGGGCCAUGGGGAGGGGGCAGCUGUCGGGGGGCGCCUGGGGGACCCUGGUGCUGCUGGGGCUGAUCCUGCCGGCCGCCCCGGCGGGCGCCUGGUACAAGCACGUCGCCAGCCCCCGGUACCACACGGUGGGUCGCGCCUCGGGGCUGCUGAUGGGGGUCCGCCGCUCCCCCUACCUCUGGCGGCGGGAGCUGCCGGCCGAGCCCCCCCGGCACCCGGAGCCGCCCCCCGGGGACAGCCCCCCGCGCCCGGGCCGCCCCCUCUUUCCACUCGAAGACCUGGCUCUGACCCACUGA